AUGAAUAAUCAGAAUAAUCUGAAUAAUCUACAUUAUCUGAAUAACAAGAAUAAGAAGAAUAAGAAGAAUACGAAGAAGGAGAAGAAAGAGAAGCUCCCUCUUCUCCUUCAAACAGAAGAAACAGUAUCAAAAGAAGAAGAAGAAGAAUCAAAAGAAGAAGAAGAAAAAGAUCUUCUUCUCGGAGAAGAACAAGAACAUCUUCUUCUCACAGGAGAACAUGAAGGUCUUCUUUUGAGAGAGGAACAAGGAGAUCUUCUUCUCAGAGGAGAACAAGAAGAUCUUCUUUUCAGAGAAGUACAAGAACAUCUUCUUCUCACAGGAGAACAUGAAGGUCUUCUUUUGAGAGAGGAACAAGGAGAUCUUCUUCUCAGAGGAGAACAAGAAGAUCUUCUUUUCAGAGAAGUACAAGGAGAGUUUCUUCUCAGAGAAGAAGGAGAAGGUAUUCUUUUCAAAGAAGAAGAAGAAGGUACUCUUUUCAGAGAUGGCGAGGAAGGCCUUAUUUUCAGAGAAGAAUUAGAAGAUCUUCUUUUUUUGAGUGAAGAUGAAGAAGUAUACAUUAAAGCUUUCACGUUUAGAAGACAUAAUUUCCAGCAACGGUACCAACUUCAGCAGCAGCAGCAGCAAAUUCGUAAGCAGCGAUAUUCUCGGCAAACAGGGUUGUAG